GAGCAGCACGGGCAGGCCCGCUGCCGGCCCCGAGGACCCCACGCCAGCCCGGGGCUGCCCGCCGCGCUGCCUGAUACGUACCUGAACUCAGCCGCUACUCGCCAACGAGGCGGGUGGGGGCGCGGCGGAGCGGCUAGACCGGAGCUCUACGCGCUUCCUACCCCCGCAGCCAGGGGAGGGCUGAGCCGCCCCUCCGCGGCGGAGUGUUUUCAGGCAGGCGGCGCGACAGCAGCCCGGGGUCCUCUGCGGGCAAGGGGAGGGGGCCGACGCUGGUGCUGGAGUGGGGGCUAGAGGAGUCCGAGCCGAUGUUUACACCGGGCAGAGAUUUGCCUGGGUAACAUAAUGCCAGCUGAGCGUAAAAAGUCAGCCAGUAUGGAAGAAAAAGAAUCUUCAUUAAAUAACAAAGAAAAAGACUUCAGUGAAAGGCGAUCAGUGAGCAGUAGAGAGAAAGCAAAGGAGGAUGUGAAGGUUGGCCUGAAGAGAGAGACUCUGAAGGCACCUGAAGAUAAAAAGAAAAAACUGGAGGAGGAUAAACGGAAAAAAGAAGACAAGGAGCGAAAGAAAAAAGAAGAGGACAAGAUAAAAGCUGAAGAAGAGCAGAAGAGGAAAGAGGAUGAAGAAAAAAAGAAAUUUGAAGAGGAAGAGAAAAAGAAACAAGAAGAGGAAGUAAAACGUCAGCAAGAGGAGGCAGCUGCACAAUUGAAGGAGAAAGAGGAAGCACAUCAACUCCAUCAGGAAGCUUGGGAGCGCCAUCAAGCAAGAAAGGAACUCCGCAGCAAAAACCAGAAUGCACCAGACAACCGCCCUGAGGAGAAUUUCUUUAGCAGGCUGGACUCGAGUCUGAAGAAGAACACUGCUUUUGUUAAGAAGCUAAAAACUAUCACAGAACAACAGAGGGACUCCUUGUCUCAUGAUUUUAAUAGCCUCAAUUUAAGCAAGUACAUUGCAGAAGCUGUAGCUUCUAUUGUUGAAGCAAAGCUGAAAAUAUCAGAUGUGAACUGUGCCGUGCACUUGUGUUCUCUCUUUCACCAGCGCUAUGCUGAUUUUGCUCCAUCGCUACUUCAGGUUUGGAAAAAGCAUUUUGAAGCAAGGAAAGAAGAGAAAACUCCCAACAUUACCAAACUAAGAACUGACUUGCGUUUCAUUGCAGAAUUGACAAUAGUUGGGAUUUUCACUGAUAAAGAAGGUCUGUCUUUAAUCUAUGAACAGCUAAAAAACAUUAUUAAUGCUGAUCGAGAGACUCACGCUCAUGUUUCUGUGGUAAUAAGCUUUUGCCGGCACUGUGGAGAUGAUAUUGCUGGUUUGGUACCAAGGAAGGUUAAAAAUGCUGCAGAAAAGUUUAACUUGAGUUUUCCUCCUAGUGAGAUAAUCAGCCCAGAGAAGCAACAGCCCUUCCAGAAUUUGUUGAAGGAAUACUUUACAUCUUUGACCAAACACCUGAAAAGGGACCACAGAGAGCUGCAAAAUAUUGAGAGACAAAACAGGCGUAUUCUGCACUCUAAAGGAGAGUUGAGUGAAGAUCGACACAAGCAGUAUGAAGAAUUUGCAAUGUCCUAUCAGAAGCUGUUGGCAAAUUCUCAGUCUCUGGCUGAUCUGUUGGAUGAAAAUAUGCCGGAUCUUCCCCAAGAGAAACCAACACCAGAGGAACAUGGGCCUGGCAUUGACAUUUUUACCCCUGGCAAACCUGGAGAAUAUGACCUGGAAGGGGGCAUCUGGGAAGAUGAAGAUGCUCGAAAUUUCUAUGAGAACCUUAUUGAUCUAAAAGCUUUUGUGCCAGCCAUUUUGUUUAAAGAUAAUGAAAAAUGUUCUCAGAACAAGGACUCCAGCAAGGAUGAGUCUAGAGAUUCAAAAGAUGCCAAGGAUAAUAAGGAUGUUGCUGGUACUGAGGAUUUGGAGUUGGAUAUGGAGAAUUUGGACAUUAAUGAUGAUAACUUGGAGUUAGACUGUGGAGAUGAAGCAGAAGAUCUCACAAAAAAGCUGCUUGAUGAGCAAGAACAAGAGGAUGAAGAAGCCAAUACUGGGUCUCACUUAAAACUGAUAGUAGAUGCUUUCCUUCAGCAACUCCCAAACUGUGUCAACAGAGACCUCAUAGACAAGGCAGCAAUGGAUUUUUGCAUGAGUAUGAACACAAAAGCCAAUAGAAGAAAGUUAGUACGAGCUCUCUUCAUAGUUCCUAGACAAAGGUUGGAUUUGCUUCCAUUUUAUGCAAGGCUGGUUGGCACAUUGCAUCCCUGUAUGUCUGAUGUAGCAGAGGACCUUUGUUCCAUGCUGAAAGGGGAUUUCAGAUUUCAUGUGAGAAAAAAGGACCAGAUCAAUAUUGAAACAAAAAAUAAAACUGUGAGAUUUAUUGGAGAGCUUGCCAAGUUUAAGAUGUUCUCCAAAAAUGACACCCUGCAUUGUUUAAAGAUGCUUCUGUCAGACUUUUCUCAUCACCAUAUUGAAAUGGCAUGUACUCUGCUGGAAACGUGUGGAAGAUUCCUAUUUAGAUCACCAGAGUCUCACUUAAGAACAAGCGUUCUUUUGGAACAAAUGAUGAGAAAGAAACAAGCAAUGCAUCUCGACGCACGGUAUGUCACAAUGGUGGAGAAUGCAUACUACUACUGUAAUCCCCCUCCUGCUGAAAAAACUGUGAGGAAGAAACGCCCACCUCUGCAGGAGUAUAUUCGUAAGCUUCUUUACAAGGAUCUCUCCAAGGUCACCACUGAGAAGGUCCUGAGACAGAUGCGCAAAUUGCCCUGGCAGGACUCUGAAGUGAAAGAUUAUGUUAUAUGUUGUAUGAUCAACAUUUGGAAUGUGAAAUACAAUAGUAUUCACUGUGUAGCUAACCUCUUAGCAGGGUUGGUGCUUUACCAAGAGGACGUUGGAAUUCAUGUCGUGGAUGGAGUGCUAGAGGAUAUUCGCCUAGGCAUGGAGGUUAACCAGCCGAAGUUUAAUCAGCGACGGAUCAGCAGUGCCAAGUUCUUGGGAGAACUUUACAAUUACCGAAUGGUAGAGUCAGCUGUAAUAUUUCGAACUCUAUAUUCAUUUACAUCAUUUGGUGUGAACCCUGAUGGUACUGCUAGUCCACUGGACCCUCCAGAACAUCUUUUCCGAAUUAGACUGGUCUGCACCAUCCUUGAUACCUGUGGGCAAUAUUUUGACAGAGGUUCCAGCAAACGGAAGCUUGAUUGCUUUCUUGUGUACUUUCAGAGGUAUGUUUGGUGGAAGAAGAAUUUGGAAGUUUGGACAAAAGACCAUCCGUUUCCUAUUGACAUUGACUAUAUGAUCAGUGAUACCCUAGAACUGCUGAGACCAAAGAUAAAACUCUGCAAUUCUCUGGAAGAAUCCGUCAGGCAGGUACAAGACUUGGAACGAGAAUUCUUAAUAAAACUAGGCAUUGUGAAUGACAAAGAUUCAAAAGAUUCUAUAACAGAAGGAGAGAACCUGGAAGAAGAGGAAGAGGAGGAGGAAGGUGGAGCAGAGACAGAAGAACAGUCUGGAAAUGAAAGUGAAGUAAAUGAGCCAGAGGAAGAGGAGUGCUCAGACAAUGACGAUGAGGAGGGUGAGGAAGAAGAGGAAGAGAAUACUGAUUACCUCACAGACUCCAAUAAGGAAAAUGAAACUGAUGAAGAGAACACAGAAGUAAUGAUUAAAGGAGGAGGACUUAAACAUGUUCCUUGUGUAGAGGACGAGGACUUCAUUCAGGCAUUGGAUAAAAUGAUGCUGGAGAAUCUUCAGCAACGGAGUGGAGAAUCUGUGAAAGUUCAUCAGCUGGACGUUGCUAUUCCUCUGCAUCUCAAGAGUCAGCUAAAGAAGGGUCCACCUUUGGGUAGUGGGGAAGGAGAAUCAGAGUCGGGAGACACAAUGCCAUUUGUCAUGUUAACUCGAAAAGGCAACAAACAGCAGUUUAAGAUCCUAAAUGUGCCAAUGUCUUCUCAACUUGCUGCCAACCACUGGAAUCAACAACAAGCUGAGCAAGAGGAGAGAAUGAGAAUGAAAAAGCUCACUCUGGAUAUUAAUGAACGGCAAGAACAAGAGGACUAUCAGGAGAUGUUACAGUCUCUGGCACAGCGUCCAGCUCCAGCAAAUACUAAUCGUGAACGGCGGCCACGUUACCAGCAUCCGAAGGGAGCACCUAAUGCAGAUCUAAUCUUUAAAACUGGUGGGAGGCACUAGAGAUAUGCAAUGGCAGAAGGAUGUCAAAUUCAAACAAGCAGCAUGAAGGAAGAAUGCAUCCUGUGUUAUUACCUGGAUUCCUCAGCUCCAUCUUCAGAGUAAGCACUGGGACACAGCACUAGACUGUUCACAUGGCAGCAGCAUUUGGUGAAAGGUAACACCACUAUGGGUUAAAAGCUUGGCUCUGCUGAAGUCCAUUGGGGAACUCUCAUUGACUUCAACAGGGCAAGGAUUUAAUCCACGGUCUUUAAAGACACUGCUUACAAGUAAGGGAGGUUGUCAAAGGCACAAAUGCCCAACUUUUACCAGAACUCCAUGAAAGCGGAAUGCUUACCUCCCAUUUGUGCCUUUGAACAUCUCCUUGUAACGUUCAUGUAGGAGUCUUGGGUUGAAUGUACUGAAACACCACAUUUGUUCCAUAGUGUCUUUCAGUGAGCCCCAGGUUUUUUUAAGGUUUGGUGUCCUAACCCUAAAGCUUCUUGCUGAACUUUUCACACAUACACCCCCAAUUUUCACAAUGGUGCCCCAUUUGUGACAACAGGUCACCAAGUUCAUUGUCUAAGAAUUUUCGUGGAUCACAUUACCAGGGCAUCUCACCAAAGAUCGCCUCCACAAGUUUAAACGAACCUAACCUAACCAGGUGGAGGAGGGAGAACUAUUUGACCCAAGAGUCCUGUCCUGCUCCCACUGAAGUCAACUGCAAAACUGCAAGGGGGUCCAGGACUGAGCCCUCAGUGGGGUAUUCUUUGCACCUGAAAAAGAACACUCAGAUCCAAUGCUAAUAAGAACUCUGUGUAACAACAGUUGUGAGCAGCUUCACUUCCAACAACUCCACGUUAUAAUUCAUACUGCAUUUCAGGCUCAAAAAGGCUUCAUCGAGCUCCAAGGAAUGAUUAAACUACUGAGAAGAAGAAAUCUUCACCCUCUUGAACCCAACAACUGGCAGCAUGUGUUAUGGUAGCCAUUAUUCCUCUCUUGUAGGUCCUGGCUACCCUAUAGAUUUUGCUCAUGCGAGGAAAGCUUGUGAGCCAGGUUUAUCAGUUACUAUGUUCAGCUGCUAAUGUGGGCAGGGCAGAAGGGUAUUUUUUUAAAAUUGUCUUAGAUUUGAUCUUUUAGGUUAUGUUUAACAGAAUUAUGGCCCAAUUAUGGCACCUAACCAGGGAGUUAGAAGAGAUUCCUAACUGAGUAGAAAAUGUAAUUCAGACAGAGGUCUUUAGCAAAGCGAUAAUCCAAAAUGGCAAUUUAUUGAUAAAUUUGGUGCUACACAGCUUUGGCCUAGGCUAGAGGGCAGUGCAAGUGGGUAUUGUAGAGGCACUAGACUGGGACUCAGGAGACCUGGGUUCAACACUCAGCUCUACCACAGACUGUGUGUGAUCUUGGACAAGUCAUUUAGUCUCUCUGGGCCUCAUAUCCACAUCUAUAAAAGAAGGAUAACACUGCCUUUCUCCUCACCUGGCCUCCACUGUGUGUGUCUGUCUGUUUAGACUUUAUGCUUGUCAGGGCAGGGAUUGUCUCCUGCUAUGUGUUUGUACAGUGCCUAGCACCCUGGAGCCUGAUCUCGACUGAGGCCUCCAAGCAUUACUAUAAUACUAGUAUAAUUUACAGACAAAUUCCCUUCUUGGACUUGAAUAAUGCAGAAGUCUCCCCAUGUCUUUGUACGCCCCCAUCACCAGCAAGAGAGAGAUUUUAUUACUUUAGCCACCUCUAUUCUAACCUCCUAAUGAGCUUCAAAACAACCCAACCCAACUGCCCCCCCACCCCCAAUGGUAUGGUCCAACAGGAUUGUCAAGGUAACCAGACAGGCUCAAAAUAAAAUAAAUCCUCAGAGAGAUGAAACAGCAGGUUAAUAGGAAGCUGCUCUUCUUGACCUUCAAAAUGUAUUAAAAAUGGAAGCUGUUCACAACAGGAUUUAUUCUUGUCUACACAGCACACUCAUGGACACAUUGCAGGUGUUUAAACGCAAUGCCCUUACUAGAAUCAAUUGUGGUAGACUGUCCCCAUCACUCAUCAGUGGCCCAAAUAUUGCACUUCAGGCCAGGCAGCAAAAAAGUACAUCUGACAGCACUGACAGUUUUCCUAAGAGCAAAUUCCAAAUCCCCAAUAAUAGUGUUCUAAUUUUUACUUUAGGGUUAUUUGAAAGCCGCACAAUUCUUACAUUUAACUGCAACUAACCAUGUUCAGUAAGUGGAGAGGAUUUCAUCAAUAAUAUUUUGUAACUGGCACUGAUAAUUUUAAUCUGAGUUCAGUUUUAAUCUUCCCAAGAUUCAAAGACUCAGCAGACAGACUACAGAAAAUUACUGUAGAUUAAGGAGUGGUCUUUCUUUCCAAGAAGCCAAAUUUUUCGAGCCUGUGGACUCAGAUUAUUCCUCUACCUUGUUUCAAAUUUAGCAACAAGAAGAUACAGAAUUUUUAUACUAGGGGAGCUAAGUGAUGUACUUGGUAGCAAACCACAAAAGCAAUUUCGUUUGAGAGCUUAAUAGGCAAGAUUGAUCCUUCCAAAAUGGAAAGCAUCCAGAUGCAGAGAGCACCAUUCCACUUACAGGACCGGCAUGAUAUAUUGAAGGAAAUAUGGUCAUGAUUCUCAGAAAGUUAUUAAAAUUUUAAAAAACAAAACGUUGCUGAACUGUCCCCCUCCUUGUACUAUAUAUAAAUAUAAUGUUUUGGAGAUAAACAAGGAAAUUUAAUUUCCCACCAAGUCAGGAUAGUAUUCUAGACCCCUGCAGAGUUCUAAGCCCAAAUUCUGUUCCUAUUCUUUAAGGAAAAGAGCACCAUAUACAAAUCAUUUUAAGAGUACAAUUGGAAUACCCCAAAAACCCCACAAUAUAUUUCCAGUAAAACUAUUUUGGUGAAGAAUGACAGCCAAGUCCCUGACCUGCAUGUGUCCACACACGCACACACCAUUUAGCUCAAUGGCACUUCUUCUAUAUGUACAUGAAUAAGCGUGUGCAGGGUUAUGGCCUGAUCUGCAGCUCAGUGAAAUUAAUGAAAAGACUCCCAUUUCCUUCAAUGGGCUUUGGAUCAGCCCCUUAGGGUAGGCUGGGGUUGGAGGCUACCAAAACAAAUCUAAUCUCAAAAGUCUAGACAAGGUUUGACCAGGCAGCAUGACAAAACCAAACCAUUUUAUAACCUGUUUCAGUCACAGCCAUGUUUAAAUCAGAAGAGUGCAUGUUUGCUUUGAUGAUGUGGAUGGCUCUAUGUACAGGGAUGGAAGAUGCAUACCGACUGUGGUUGCCUUCCUUAGCUCCUCUGAUGUCCACACAAGAGAUUAAAUCCUUGAAUUUUAGAAGAACACCACACUCUCCUACUCUGGUGAUAAAAUGAAUAAGGAGACAGAGGCAUCCCGGAUAAAGGUAAAGAGAAAACAGCAAUGGUAUCUGGACAGAAUGAAAAAGUUAUGGUUAUGUCUACACUGGGGACAUGCAUGAUAAGAGUGUUAAUUUAGGCCUUCUCUACAUUAGGAAAAAGGUCUAACGCCCACUGGGGUGCUGAAACAAUUUUUAUAAUGGGGGUCCUGAGAGCCACUGAACCGAACUGUAAAUCCUGGACAUGAUGGAAUCCACUUCAAGAUGGGGGUAGGGGAGGCAGCAACACCCCUAGUUCCAGUGCCUAAGCUAACACCACGCACUACUUGACGUGUUUUAAUCCUAGCAGAGAAAGGGCAAGUUCUAGAAGCACCUCAAUUUAGCUGCCCCCUCUUCCCCAGGGUUCACCAUGACCAGCUAAACCAAUGGAAAACUAAAUCUUGCCCUACCUAUUCUAGGAUUUUAAACUGUGUUAGGUGUGUUUUUUAAACAUGGUAGGGUAUGUCUACACUAAGAAAAAGCUAACUCAGUUCAAGUAAAAAGAAAAGGAGUACUUGUGGCACCUUAGAGACUAACCAAUUUAUUUGAGCAUAAGCUUUCGUGAGCUACAGCUCACUUCUUUUAUACAACUUGGCACCAAGUGGAGACAGGGAUAAGUUGUAUUUAAACACGGGUUACCUGAACCAGGUAAUGUGUUAAAAGCAUGACUACGGGCACACUACGUGCAAAAUAGUAGUUAACUUCAUGCUAGUUAAAAGUGCGUUAAUGCAAAUAUCAAAGGGCUUGUCUAUGUGAACAAUUAGACUGUGGCAAACUGGGAUGUGGGUCUACACCGCACUAGUCUGCUGUUUAAAUUAGAGCACUUUGAUCUAGUCCUCUUUAAAGUGGGACUAACUGUUAAUGCAUUUCAGCAGGGUCCAAGUGGACAGACUGUAGCCGGCUAGGGCAAGGUAGAGUCACACCCCAGUUUGCCACAAUCUCAUUGUUAGGGCUUGUCUACAAUACAUUUUUCAUCUGCACUGGGAAAGUGGGCUUAACCUAAUUUUGGUCAGCCCCUCAGACAGGGUCAAAUCAGAUUAUGACCAAGUAACCAAGAAAUGCUCUAACCUACAUACUAUGGUGAAUGCUGCUUCCUAAAUACUCAAAGACAGACAGAAGUGGUAGUGCAUAGCUUUUUAUUAAAAAUGCUCUUCUAUCACGGCAUGAUCCCACCCACACAAACCAGGUGAGCAGAGUAUUUGGCCAAAAAAACUGUUUUAGCUGUUCUAAAAACACAGCUGUUAGGCGCUGUAAGCUUAGGGUCGGUAUACAGUGAAAACUAAUAUCAGUCUAGCUGUGUCAGUCAGGGGUAUGAAAAAAAUCCACACCCUCUAAUGAUACAGCUAUGCUAACAAACCCCCAGCACAGAUGCAGCUGUGCAGACAAAAGUGUUUGUCAGUGUAGCUAACAUUUGGGAUGUGGUGUUCAUGCACCGGCAGAAAAAAAAAAAAAAAAAAAAAUAUCUUUCUGUUGGCACACGUUGCAUCUACAUUAGGCGGCUAUGCUGGUAUAGGCUCUGUGGCAUAGACAGCUUUAGACUGCAAGAUCUCCCAGGGUAGAAACCAGGAUUUUGUUGGCCCUGGUUUGAAAGACACUACAUAUGCCGACGGAAGGAGUUCUCCCAUCAGCGUAGAUAAUCCACCUACCCAAGAAGCGCUAGGUAGGAAGGUAGGUAUUGACCUAGUGCUGUCUACACCAGAGAUUAGGUCAGCUUAAUGACACUACUCGGAGGUAUGGAUUUUUCAGACCCCUGAGCAACAUAGUUGGGUCAACCUAACUUUUUAGUGUAGGCCAGGCCUUUCACUUAACUCAACGACGUUUGUCAGCCUUUAGCACGAUAACUUUUGAACACUGCACCCGAUCCAUUAAAAAAAAAGUCACAGGGAACGUUCUAGAGACGAACAAAUGCGCUGUAGCUCACGAAAGCUUAUGCUCAAAUAAAUUUGUUAGUCUCUAAGGUGUCACAAGUCCUCCUUUUCUUUUUGUGAAUACAGACUAACACGGCUGCUACUCUGAAAUCUCCCAGUAGAGUUUAACAUGUUGACCUCUUGAAUGGCUUCUCUCCCAGACAGACAAGAGAAAUAAUGAUGGGGGCUGAAGGAAGAAUGGAUGGAACCAGAAGGGGGUAUGCACACAUCACCUGAUGUGGAGGAAAGUGGAGAAAGGGAGACAGACAGAGCCCCCAGCAUGGAGGGCAAGGGGGUAAGGAGGAAUGGGUGCACAGAGAACCUUGGGCAGGGGGAAAUUGAGGGACCCGAAGUGGGGGGAAAUCCCACACAGUAUCUGGCAGGGGGAGUUUGGGGGAAGAGAUGCAAGGACCCUUUGGUGUAUGCAAUGAGCUUGGCGUACAGAAGCAACAAAGCAUGUGACCCCUGUAGAUAAAUCUCUGCAUUAAGCAUCUUCGCAUAAAACUUUCAUAUGACUUUGUAUUAUACCUCUUCAUAUAACCUUGUAUUGAGUCUAUCCACAUGUGACCUCUGUUUUCAUGCAACUUUGUGUUGCAAGUCCUUUGGUAUAUGGGAACUUUGUAUCAAGUCCUUAUACAGAAACUUUGUAUUGAGCCUUGGUAUAAUGUUAUAGCCCCUAAAGAUAGUUAAGGUAGAAGAAAAAGUGUCUUUUUGCUAGGAGUAGAAUAAGAUCUCCCCCUCUUUUAAUCACUUGCCCUGUUGAAUGAACGAGGUGAGAAUGAGUACGGUGUGCAAGGAAAGCACCUCCAGAGCGCUGCAACCUUUGGAGAGGGGAUGGAAGCCAAACUCAAGAACAAUAAAAAAUGGGCCUAUUAAAGAAGAUCAGACAUAUUGACGGCCUUGGGAGUUAGAAGCGAGCACCUUCUUUUAAAAAUACCCUCUUUGAAAAUAAGUGUGGCAGCAUUAAGACAACACCCAGAAGGAAGCGCCACAGGUGACUAACUGAAACAGACACAGAUUUUGAAUCUGGUACAGAUUUGCAUGAGAGGGAACUGCUAAAAAUGUGAGGUGUCUUUCAGGGGACCCUGGGUCUCAUCUUGUCUGGAUUGAUGCUCCGAUGUUGAUCGACAGAAGCCUGGCUCCACCCCUCCCCCAUCUAACUCACCUGGCCAGUGAAAUUAAGGGGAGUAACUAGUUGGUAACAAUAACAAAUAAAUUGGUUA